GUGUCUUGUGCAAGAACAGGUUUAUAGUUUAGCAGUCCAGUAAAGAUGGAGAACGAGACGUCUUUGGUUGUGAAAUAUGAAGGUGUUAUAUGGCUUGGUGUGCAUGUCGCUUUGACUUGGAUAUCCUAUGCGCAAUAUUUUCUUAUAAUUUUGCUCGAUUUCAUACGAAUCGCAACCAGGAAAUUAAAAUUGGGAAAUUCUAACCGAAGCAAAAUUCUGGAAGAUGCGAAACUUUUGUCAAAGGUUCCCAAACAUAUAGCGAUCGUUGUUGAAGCGAAAUCUGAGUUGGAAGACCUAGGGAAUGUUAUAUUAUGGUCGAUUAUGCUGGGAAUUCCAUACAUCACCAUUCAUGGACAAACUGAAUUAUCUCAUCCAUCGACUUUCGAAAAGUUGACGAAAAUAUGUGAGCGGAAGAAAUUGGAAUUCCAAGAAAAUCAAAUAAAGAUAAAUUAUCACCGGGACUCGAGGUUAAUUGAAGGUGAUCACCAUGGUUUCAAUGUGAUGAUGUCAUCAAUUCAAUAUGGCCGACAGAGAUUAGUGGAGGUGACACGAUCACUUUGUCAGCAGGUCCAGCAAGGAAUGCUGAGCCCAAAUGAGAUUGAUUUGAAUAAGAUGAAUGAAAGUUAUGGAGAUUUACUCCCUGAACCAGAGUUUGCAAUAUCUUUCAGUUCCUAUCCCUGCCUACAUGGGCUGGAUCCUUGGAAGACAAGACUAACAGAAAUCAUAACUCUUCCUUCGUUGAGUGGAAUCUCAUAUCCGACAUAUUUUAGCGCUUUAAAUAAAUUUGCAAACAUGAGACAGCGGUUCGGAAAGUAGCAAUAUCACUGAAGCAAUCAUCUCUCUGUUUUGCAAUCUACUCUGGCGAAUCAUUGAUGGAGCAUAAACGGACAUGAAGAAUGCUUUUUUUAAAUAGCUCAGUCUGUUGUAAAGCUUUUCAGCCCCGCCCUCCCCCUGAUUUAAAUAGAGUAAAUUAUUGGUCCUCUCGACUUAUGUGAACCAAGAUGGCGGACACCGGAACGUAGUAUGUGUACCAGGUUAGGGUUAAGGCAUAAUUUUUUUCCCCAUUAAAGUCCUAUUACGAGUUCAGGGACUAGCCAAGUGACCUCCGUUGUAUUCGUACCUAAAAUCAUUGUUUAACCCUAACCUGGUACACGUAUUACAUUCCGGUGUCCGCCAUCUUGGUUUGCAUACUUCGAGAGUACCAAAUUAUUCAGUUUGAGCCAGCCCAGUCACGGGAUGCCAGACUCAAAGAGUCUGCAAUGAUACUGACAUGCUAUAUCAUGUUACGCUUCUAUCUCUUGCUUACCUAAUAGUUCAUGCUUUCCCAAAUAUUAUGAAGUUCCAAAUCCCGUUAUUAUAAAAUUUUCAUAGGGACAGAAAAGCAUGUAAUAUGGCCUAAUCUUAUUAUAUUGAAAUGGCGUUAUAUUUUGUCUCUUUUGAAAACAUCUUGAAAUUUGUAUAGCAUAGUAUGCCUUCAUUUCUUCUGCUGCAUUUCAAUAUGAUUUCGAUCCCAAUUACUCAACUAGAAUUGGCCAAUGAAUGAAUAGCACUAGCACUUGUGAUGGACUUUAACACUCAGUCAUUGACGGAGUCACCCCUUAACUGUCUCAAGUGAGACCCGUUACUUGUGGUUUAGUGAACUGUACCCCACUGAUAAUAUUGCUGAGUUGACAUGUAAGUGUUCCCAACACAUGUGCUAGUUAUAUGUUUGUGCAAACACAUUUUUUGAGUGCGACACCUUCGCAAACCCCAGUAAUGUUUUCCAUUAAUUUAAGAAUGGAACAUCGACUGAAAGAGGGAGGUACUCAAGAGUCCACUAGAUUUGGACUCUGUCGCCAUUAAAUGACUAGGUGAAGUUGUCAAGUAAUGGCCGAUGAUAUUUAACACUCGAGUCGCCAUUUAACGAAGACUCUCUAAGCCAGUGUUUUUCCUUCUUUUUGGGAAGAUAAUCUGUACAUCUAAAUGGAAUGGAUUGUACCCGGGACUCGUUACUUUGGUUCAGUAACCCAGCACUGAUAAUAUUGUUAAGUUUACUGCCAUAAUUUUGUUCAUUAAAAAUUUCUCACACAGACAAAUGGUUAGUUUGUCCCAACCCUUGUUGGGAUUGCCCAAUGUUGAAGAUUUUUUAUCGAUUUCUUCUUUAUUAAGACCUGUGAACGGUGAUUUUUGUUCAUCAAUAAAAUUCCUGACAUAAACAAAUGGUUAAGUCUUGCGUGUCCCAACCCUUGUUAUCCCUGGGGCCCAAUGUUGAAGACUCCAGUAAUAUUUUUAUCGAUUUAUUUUCUAUUUUUUUCAUAUAUAUUCCCUGCAAACUAUCUGUUUCUACUUUUGCUGUUGAAAUAAAUCUUUGCUUCUGCUGUUUAAGCCUCUA